AUGGCUUUCUUUUAUUUUACUUCGGGUUCGUAUCUCUCACUUUAUGUGGUUUUUGGGUUAGAUGCAAGCAUUACAAAAGUAGAGAUUCAGGCUCCCGGGUAUAAAGGGAUGUUAGAAAGGGGUAAACUAGCAGAUCCAUUUUAUCGUCUUGAACACCAGGAAGAAGAUUUACAGAAGAAGAAAGAAGCUGAGCCGGUGCUGGUGCGUCUCCAGAGAGUAUCCGAUGCCAGGCAUUCAGAUGACUAUGCCCUCAACAAGGCUCUUCGGGCACAACUAAGAAAUCAAAAGAAAAGAGUUGCUGAAGAAGAGGCUGUUUCAAGGAAAAGGGGCCUUGGCAUACGACUGCUUCCAGCAUCUGAAGAAGAUACUGACAGUGCAGCCCAUGUGAAGUUUUCUUUCCAGUUUGACAAAAACACAAAGGAUAAGCGAGCAUUGAUCAAUGCUGCUCCAAUCUUUCACAGGUCAUCUGGGUCUUCCAUGUCCACUAAGAGACAGAUGGAAUUAGAAUCCAAGAGAAGGAAAAUCAAUGCAGCUACGGCAUCUGACUUGCUGGCUGGCGUAUAUAAGCCUUCAUCAUGGUCACGGGGUGCUGUUACUUCACGGAGGCGCAGGUGAAGUUCAAUAAUAGCAAAGACGAUUAUCGAUGACAGUUUACUAGAAUAAUGGGACCUUUUUUAAGUGAGCUUUAGAGCCAUCUGGUGUUGAUUUUGCUUUCAGCAUAUAUUCCUGUUCAUGUUGGCAAUGGAGCGUGUACAUAUAUUUGUUAGAUCUACUGCUUGGCUAUAAUCUUUCACACUUCAGGGUCUAGGAGUUAGCUGAGAUUUCAGUGUUUCAUUGUGUUGUAUUUACGAGCUCUUACAACUCAGAAUGUUGCUUUUUAAUCUUUUGUAAUGUGAAAAAGAAUGAAAACAACAGAAGCUUUGGCGGUGUUA